UCCUGACGCACGGACGCUCUCCUCUCCUCUCCUCCUCUCUUCUCUUCCUCUCCUCCUCUCCGGCGCUCAGACCGAUGCGCCGGGAGAACGCACGGAGGUCCCGGCAGCAGCAGGGAUGUCAUUGGUUAAAAGGACCAGUCUGAUCGGAGCCGGGUCCGAACCCGGGAUCCCUGAGCGCAGUGACAGGGAGACCUGAUGACGAGGACGGGACUGCUGGACAUGUUUCUGGAGCGUUUGACGCUCGUUAUUCCUCUAAACAUCCACUUUCCAGUGUUUUUUAUACUUAGAAGUGAGAGGAAUCACUAAAAAAACACUUUUUUCUUCUUUUUUUUUAUUUUGGAUUCUUUUUCAUUUGUGUCUCCGGCCAUGGAGCCGGAGGAGGGGAAGAUCUCGGUGUGGGUGUGCCGGGAGGAGAAGCUGGUGUCGGGGCUCACCAAGCGCACCACGUGCGCGGACGUGGUGCAGGUCCUGCUGGAGGACCAGAACCUGCAGCAGGGGGUCUCCGCCGCCAUGCUGUCCGGCUCCCCGCAGUCCUACUGCGUGGUGGAGAAGUGGCGGGGCUUCGAGAGGACUCUGCCCAACAAGACCAAGCUGCUGCGGCUGUGGGCCGCCUGGGGGGACGAGCAGGACAACGUGCGCUUCGUGCUGGUCAAGCACGACGCGUCUCUGCCCAACAGCGGCCCCCGCAGCGCCGAGGCCAGGGUGGUCCAGAGCCGGGACGAGUUGCUCAAGGGCACCGGCAUCAUGAGCAGCAGGACCUGCUGGACCGCCGCCUCCGCGGCCGCAGCCGCCAACGCCAACAACAACCUGUCCCAGGACAAGCAGAGGCGCAUCGUGCGCAAGGCCUUCAGGAAGCUGGACAAGAUGAACAAGAAGAAAGAACAGACUUUGGUUUGGAAGGAUAAGAGCUCGGUGGAGAGGAUGGAGACGCUGGUGCACCUGGUGAUCUCGCAGGACCACACCAUCCGCCAGCAGGUGCAGAGGAUCAGGGAGCUGGACCGGGAGAUCGAGCGCUACGAGGCCACGGUGCACUUGGACCGCAUCAAGAGGCACGGGGUGAACUAUGUGCAGGACACGUACAUGGUGGAUUCAUCUGCAGAUAAUGCUACUGCUGCUGCUGCAGCUGCAGCUGCUGCUCCGGUGCGCCAGGACGCGGAGGCGAUGGCGCAGUUGGAGGAUUACGCACGGCGCUGCGAGGAGGUGGUGCGGCUGCAGGAGGAGCUGGUGGAGAGGGAGGCUCUGGUGGAGAGCAUCACCGGGGAGAUCCAGGAGGAGCUGAACCGGAGGUGGAUGGCGCGGAGGAGGGAGGAGGAGACGGGCGCGGACGCGGCCGAGGACGCACAUAAAUGUGCGUCCUCGGCCGUCUCCUCCUCGGAGCCCAAAGCGGAGUCUCUGUCCGAGACCGAGCUCGGGGUGGAAGAGGAGGAAAGGGUGAAAACCCAGCUGGACACCAGUCUGUACAUCGGCCUGAGGCUGAAGACGGACCUGGACGCCGUCAGGGGGGACCUGGAGCUGAGUCUGGCGCUCUGGGAGACUAAGGAGAGCGAGCUCUUGGAGCUGCUGGCCAAAGUGGAAACCAUGGAAAUAGAGCGAGCAAACACGACUGUGGCCGAGCAGGGGAAGGGGGAGGAACUGGGGGCUGAGUCGGGGUCUGCAGAGGACGGUGGCGGCUGGGGGGAGCAGAUCCGAGACCUGGCAAAGGCUUGUGACGCCAACGACGAGGACUCGGACACGGGGCUGAGCUCCAUGCACAGCCAGGACUCGGACAACCCUCCCGUGUGCGAGUCCCUGGUGUAGACUAAAGUCUGACUGCAGGCAUGGUGGACCCUGAUGUAACUCCAAGCCACGGACUCAGGGGGCCAAGUGUUGGCAGGAGCCCCCAACUCAAACGCAUCUCUGUACUGACUGCAAUUCUAGAGCAAUAAUUUCUAUAUGUAGUCUUUGCACAAUAAGCUAGAUGGGUCAGCAUGCACAGAUGGAGGGUUGAGAGCUGUUGCUGCUCCUUGUGUGACCUUUAAGCUCCAUGACGGAAAUCAGCAAAGCACAUCUUAUGAGGAGAAGUAGUCCAAAAGAGUAUUAUAGCAAGCCGCUUCUGAUCUAUAGUCCCGGGAUAAGGAUAAACAUGAUCCCAGUUUGCAAACAGAUAACAGCUGUCUUUAUUAUCAACGUGUUUCAGCAGCUAAAAAGCAAGGCAAAGUGUUAUUUAAGAAGAACUUUGUGGGAAAGACGGCCAGCAGGCGUGAUCUCUAACAGGUCAACAUCAAGUAUAUGUUCAUGUUCAGUGCAUAAAGUAGUCUCUCCAUCCCUGUACAGGUCAACACGUGAUAUAAACGCUCUCUCGAAUAACGGCACGGUCAAAGUGGGGUCAUUUACUGCAGCUGCGAGUGAUUUUUCUGCAGAUUUUCUUAUUGUUUAAAUCCAGAGCAACACGGACCCCCAGCUCACACAUCACUGUUCCUAUGUGGAGUCUGUCUCUUACGCAUAAUAAGCACCUAAAACAAUUAAUAAACACGCAUAGAAGUGAUUGGAGGUAUUCCUGCAACACAUUUAUUUACAAACUUCUUCUCAAAUCUGUUAUUUUGUCCUCACAGUUCAUCUGGGACUCUCGUUCACAGUCGUGUUUCUCAACUUUGUGAAGUAUUGAGCCUUUAAAACGUAAGCUGUCUAUCGUCUUACACAUUUCUAUAUAGACUAGCACCAUUUCAAUGAAGCACAGUUAUAUCUGCUCUGUUUGUUAUAAUCACAUCAAAGCAAUUAUAUUUGAGGGAAACAUUCAGUAACAGUGGACGUCUCGGAAAGAGAUGUCUUUUAAAAACAGAUGGAAGCAGCAGAGGCUGAGACAUUCGGACUAGUCGCCGGCUUAACAUCCUCACACUGUGGAUCCUACACUUCCUAUAAUGCCGGCAUGUGAAUUAGACGCUCAUGCUGCCUCAGUUCCCAGUAAGAGACAUCACAGGAAACGUCACCAAGCUACUUAGCUGGAGUGAGAAAACACCAGACAUCUGCUCUCCCACCCCGGAAUGACUGUUAACAGAUGAGUUGAAUUGAAUGAAAUGACAUUUUUAAAGUUCCCCUUUAAAUCUUUUAUUUGAGGGCGGGGGGUGGGGGGGGGAUUAUUGUUAUAACAUCAGAUUGGCUGCUCUAAAGGGCUUUAUUUCCACGAAAAGCUUCUUAGUCAGCCAUAAUCAAAUAAUCAAUGUGAGCAGAAAAGAAAAGCCUUGUGUUUAUAUCGAGAAUGAAAGCAUGGACUUAUUCCUUAUCAGAGGGAUGGGGCAUGUCGUCGUGUAAUUUCAAAAGCACUCGGAGUACAAGUGCAAGUCUGAACAUUAGGAUUCUGCCAUGCAGAUCAUGUUAUGUCUAACCAAGACGUUUAUGCAAACAUACUAUGGAGAGUUACCUAAUUUUGUCUUCUUUGGCUUCCGUAGUUCCCUUAAUUCCCAGCGUAGAUGUAACCGAACAAAAGUUACACUUAUUCAAAGCAAUAAAAGUGAAAAAUGACCUAUCUGGGUCUCUGCAGCUCUGGACGAGAUGGGACUUUCACGUGCUUCCAGGCGAAACGGCUCCGUUUUGAAACCCCUGAACGCUGAGACGCCCAGAGGAAACACCUCAGGAGUCGGUUUACUUUUUAACUUGAAAAUAGUGGCUGCAAAGCAAAUGUCUUCCUGCUGCGCCUCCAGGUCCAGCGGGCAGACAACGGCAUCGAGAUCACACUAGAAGCACACACAUGUUUUAGCAUCACCUUUCUGUGAAAGCCUGUGUGUUUUGUCAGGAUGUUAUGUCAAACUGCUCGACUAUAAUAAUAAUGUCCUUGUAACACCUCGAACAAACCGGUGAUGAUGUUUCUGUGGAACUAGCUGUGUCCGAAUGCUAAGAUGACCUGUGUGUAGCUCGUUUCUAUCACUUCAUCAGCAGCAGUUUGGGCUCAGGCUGUGCUUUUUUCCAGGUGUGUGGCUGUAGAUCAGCGGUUCAGAGACCGUGGCGAGAGAAGUCGCAUGCACUGUGUGUAAGCAGCGUAACGCCACUCAGCACAUUAUCACACAUGACUGUUAGUGUUGAAAUAAACUGCAAAACCUGGAUUAGUGUGUGGCUUUAUUGGGUGUGACUGACUGCCCUGGAAGCAUUUGUAC